AUGACUACAAAUUUAGAAGAUCACAAUAUUAAGAACUUGGACGUCGCAUUUUCAGAAUUGAGAAUGAAUUCUCAAUCAAGAUGGCCAAGAGAAGAGGAUUUGAUAAGUGUUAAAGAUCUAAUCAGUAAUAGUUGUGAUAAGUUAAAUGCUGAAGAUAUCAUUAAAGCACCGACAUUUGAUUUGUUUGAAGGAACUCAUUCGUUGGAGAUUAAUAAUGUUAAAUUAGAUUCGUAUUUGAUCAAUUUGUCUAAGGAAGAGAUUGAUUUCGAUUGUACAAUUGCUUAUGACAAGAAUUCAAACUCAGAACAAAACCAGGAUGAUUAUCAAUACGUUACAGCGAUUAUUGAUAGAUUGGUAAGGUCAAUUAUCAAUUGGGUAACAGACUAUCAAUCCCUACCGACUACCGUUUUAAGUUGUCAGUAUAUGGAAUAUAUUUUAAUACAACUGACAGAAUCCUAUAACAAUGUCUCAGAUUAUAAAUAUUUAAAUACAGAAAAUCCUUAUUUCGAUAAUGUAUUGAACUCAAGUAUUAUGGGUAUCUGUUUUUUUGGUGCCUUCGUUAAGAAACUAUUGAAGGGUGGUGGUGUCUUUGAAGAGGAAGAUCUGAAUUUUAAUUCAAUGGGGUUAGAUGGGUUUGAUUUAAUACCUCCAGCUAGUCUUAUACGAUUGCUCCUAAAUGAGAGCAUGACAUUUAUUAAGAAUGACAAAAAUAUUCCAAAGGCAGAUGCCGAACGAUUAUUAUACUUACUAGAAUUAAUAGAUUGCUUGGUAAUUUUAGAUAAUAAUCUUUCAGAAUAUUCAACUGAUACUGGGCAUCUUGAUAAGAUUGUUCAAAUCUCGAAGAAUUUGGACGAUUUACCCACAUAUACAUAUUCCCCCCCUGUUGGCUGCUUCUCCAUGUGUAUACAAAAACAAUUAUCUAAUCAAUUCCCACCUAAGGAUUUGAUAGUACCUGAGAAGAACUAUUUGAAUUAUGUCGCAAUGGCACAAGAUAUUAAGAAAGUCUUAAUGGUGUAUAAUGUCACUGAACCUUUUCAAUUGAUGCAAUUUGCAAAUUUUUUCAAUAAAAACGAACAAAGACACGUUUUGGCUAGAGCAUUGUUCCCAUUGAUUGUGAUAAAGGAGGAUUCAUCACUACUUGGAAAAUGGACAUUCCAUGAAGCAUUCCAAAAGCAUUUACAAAUUCUAUCAUUAGCAGCAACAAAUGCAGAUCAAGCCCUAGACACAGAACCAUUUAGAUCUUUGCUUGAUCCUGUAGCUCAAGAGGCUCUAAAUGUCUUGUUUGAAUGGUAUCAGAAUAAUGCCCAAAAUACCGCAAGAUACAGACAAGGGUAUAACAGACAGUUAUUGUUAUGGGAUUCUGUGCAAGCUCAAUUUGAAGGUGUUGAAUUGAAUUUUGAAGGUAGUGAAAAGGAUGUGGUUAUGGGUCCACCAGGGUAUGGUAAUCUUCCUUUGAUGCCAUUUUCAUCAUGGGCAUUUAUAAUGAAAACAAGGUCCAUGAUUGAAUUUGUCUUGAAAGGUUUUGAUCUGGAAGUAUACAAACCAUUUGAAUCAUUUGAGAUGUUUUGGUUUACAUUCUAUUUAACAGAACAAUUAGAGUCAUGUUUUCAAAAAAUCGAUACAUUCUUGGAAAGUAAAUUAAGUAGCAUUCAUGCUAUCAAUAAAAGAAUGAAGAAACAAAAGGCUGGUGAAAAGAAGGAAAAGUUAAGGAAACAGUAUCAAACGGAAAUGGCUCAAACUUAUCCAAUGAUUCAUUCAAGUAAAUCAUUUUUGAAAUAUUUAUCUGCACAUAAUCAAAUUAUCAAAUCAUUGUGUAUAUUCCAAUGUUUCCAGUUUGGGAUACUGAAAUCAUAUGGUCUUAUUGAUAAUAAGAUGUCAGGAAACAGUAAAUUUGUCAACCACAAAUUAAUCCAUGAUCUAAGGUUUAAACCAUUCUCAUCAAUCGGUGUACCAGAGUUACCAACAUAUGAAGUAUUUCAAGAGGUUUUACGGGAGUUUAUCAUUGGUGAACCGAUGUUUAAGGUAAAACAAGAGAAGGUGAUGAUGCAUAUGAAAGAACAAUUGACCACAGUAACUCAAAAUAUUAAAGCUAUUCUAAUAAGCAUUGAAGGAGGGGAUUCAAACAAUGAAAUGACAACCGGAACUGGAGCCAUUAAGGAAGAUGCUACUUGUUAUUACUCAACAUUACAAAAGACUAUAGAGGCUCUUUCUGAGAAUUGUAUUUCACUGUUGCAGAAUAUAGAGAAGAAAUCCUUCAUAACAGAAAAAGAACAUUAUGAAAUUGUUUUAAAUAAUAAAGCUGGCCUUUCAGGUUAUUUCCCUCUAAUGGUUUUAUCUCAUAAGAGAAGAUCAAGACAUAAAUAA